AUGUCUUCUUCAAACUCGACAACAAUCGAUGAUCAAGAGGAAAUUGUGGAGCUUUUGAUCAUGACAUUGGUAAACGCUUUCAGGAGCUUGGAUCUCUCCUAUCCGACGAUCAAUUACAUUUUCGGCUUCUUUGCCUACUCAUCAAUUACAAUCAAUUGGACAUCAAAGGUUCUCCUCGGAAUGAAUCGUUUCGUUUCGGUGGCGCUCCCGUGGAAAUUCUAUCAUAAGCUGCAAAAAUAUCAACAUAUUCAGUAUUUUCUUUUGAUACUUGGACCAACACUGUGCGCCAUUCCACUGCUCAUCCCUGGUUGUCAUGGUUGUUUCUACUCACGUCCUGUGCCAAACUUCUGGCAAGAAGAAAGCGAUUGCACAACCGAAUACACGAAAAUUGUUAUUAUCGGCAUUGGUUACGUGAAGCUUGGAUUAAUCACUUUCUUUGACUUUGGAACACUGAUUUUGCUGCCUCGGCGCUUAAAAGAAAUCCGCGCAAAUCAACGCUCUUCGUCUAUGGAGAUCUCGGCACAGAUUCGUGUCACUCUUAUGUUGGUCGUGUCGGCGAAUAACGCGAUUUGGAUUCAGAUUGCCACCACAUUUGGCACUUACUAUCUCACAUCAAUCUUAGGAGAGGCUCAAAGAGGCUUUCGUUCAAGCUCUCGCACGAGAGAAGCCGAUUUUGCUCGCGACGCUAAA